UAGACCCUUCCUUCCUUCCUUCCUUCCUUCUUCAUUUCUUCAUCAAAGUGGUAUGGGCACUUUGCUUGUUUGCUUUUCCCCCCAACUUUCUCAGAGUCAGAAGACAAGACUGACUGCCUCCUUUGCGUGAUCACUAAAAAGGGCCCAAUCAAUAAUCGCAGAUUCGCAUCUCAUCAUUUAUCACAUCAUUCUCUGAUUCUUCCGUUACUGCCCUCUGUGUCAACUGUCCUGUCCCGCGCUCUUCUGCUUCGGAGCUCUUCUUUCCUGGUCCAUUUUCUCCUUUAUUUUAUUUUUAUUUUUAAGGUCAGCUCAGCUAUCCAUCGAUCGAUCAAGAAUAGCUCCUUAUCAUUUAUUUACAUUUACUCGUAUUCGCUAGCUAGUAGGAGUGUUAGAGCUGCCAGAGGAGGGACGACAAUCUUCGAUCAGAGAUAUUGUCCUGCUGCAGUCGAAACAUUCUAUUUGUGGCUUCAUUAGGUAAAAGCGCCUUGUGCUCUCUUGAGUUGGGACUUCUUUUAGCUUCGUAUCGGUCUCAGCAGCAGAGCUGGUCAUUCCUUUCCUCUAAUUUAUUUAUUUUUUUCCUUGAACAAAUUUGAUUAUCUCUUGAUGAUAUGUAUAGUUUUCGUUUCACACACUAGUUGCCCUGAGAAAGUUGGGUGGCCACAGUACGUACAAGUCGUCUGCACUGUAGUCCCAAUUCCUCGCUCGCUGGCACAUCACCAGGGAGUUUUUUCUCUCUUUUUUUUUUUUUUUCAGCGAGCCUGUUUUAAUCGAUUUAACUGCAUUUGCAUAUUGUAACACUUGAAUAGAUCAGCUUGCAGGAGGUUCAUACUUUGUACUCACAAAGUAUUCGAUUAGCUCGCAGAGGUGUUGACGUUAUCUUAUGGUCUUGCAUUGCAGCUUUCUUGCCAUGUCCUCCGAUUUUAAGUCGAACGGCUUAGAAGCAAAAUCAUCUGGAAGAGACUGUUUAGCUUACGACAUGCUUGAUGACAUUGAGGAGCAAGGGACUGGAUCAUCAACGAGCAGUAUGUUAGGAAAUAGAGAGGGCUGGUCCCUUACUGAGAGGUUUCUGAGAGGGCAUCGAGCAUCUGCUGGCGAUAGGAACGAUCUUUUAGAUGCAGAUGAAAAGCGCGGGCAACUACUCAGAAGAAGAUAUGGACCUCUGAUAUCUGGAAUUGCUUACUGCAUUUCUUCGUGCAGUAUGAUAUUGCUAAACAAAGUUGUACUAACGAGUUACAACUUCAACGCAGGAAUAUCCCUGAUGUUCUAUCAAAACUUAAUUUGUUCGGUGGUGGUCAUUUUGUUGGGCGUUUCUGGAGCUGUUUCAGUGGAGAAGCUCAAUUGGAAGCUCAUUAGGGUAUGGAUCCCCGUCAAUGUAAUUUUUGUCGGGAUGCUUGUGUCAGGCAUGUAUAGUUUGAAAUACAUAAACAUUGCAAUGGUGACGAUUUUGAAGAAUGUGACAAAUAUAAUGACAGCAAUUGGAGAAUUUUAUAUAUUCCGCAAACAUCAGAAUCAGAAGGUGUGGAUGGCCUUGUUUUUAAUGAUAAUAUCUGCCGUCAGUGGAGGAAUCACUGACCUGUCCUUUGAUGCUACCGGUUAUACAUGGCAGAUACUAAAUUGUGUUCUAACAGCGAGCUAUUCGCUCACUCUGCGACGGGUCAUGGACAAAGCAAAACCAUUAACAAGAUCAGGAUCUCUCAGUGAAUUCUCAAUGGUGUUGCUGAACAAUUUAUUGUCCCUGCCUUUUGCCAUCUUCCUAAUCAUCCUUUUUGGUGAAUGGGACUAUGUAAUGACCGUGGAUGUGGUUAAACUACCAAUGUUCUGGAUUUUUGCUACAGCUAGUGGAUUCCUUGGCCUUGCGAUUAGCUUCACCUCUAUGUGGUUCUUGCAUCAAACUGGCCCUACCACUUAUAGCCUGGUGGGUUCUCUAAACAAGAUUCCCAUUUCCAUUGCUGGUAUCAUUGUUUUCAAGGUUCCCCUCAGUCUACCGAAUUCCUUCAGCAUCCUAUUCGGUCUGUUUGCCGGAAUAUUCUUUGCCAUGGCCAAGAUGUCUUGAUUAGAAUAGACGUGGGAGGGACAGCUUGUUCGGAUAUUUUUUAUGCAAAUUGAUGAAGAGGCUCCCCAACAACAGACCAAAGCAAAGGCAGGACUAGCUGCGGCAUGAAUGCACACAAAUUAGCUUCUAAAGAGCUUGGAUCUCUUCGACUGGAAACAUGAUGCAAGGGGAAGAUCUUUGAACACUAAGACAGCGAUACUUUUUUCUCGGGCUUUCGCCCCGUUUCUAACCCAAGAAACAAAAAGAAUAAUAAUAAUAAUAACAUACAGCCUACCUCCAGAUUUAUUGAUUUAUUGAGGUGCGCAUUAAUUUGAACU